AUUUAUUUCAAGAAGAGAAAAAGAUUGAAGGAAAAUUAAUUCAAAGUGAAGAGAAGAUGGAGAUGUUACAGAGGGAUGUGGACAGUGUUCAAAAGAAACAGGAACAAACUGCCAACGAUCUUAAGGAAAUUGAGCAAAAAAUUGCAAUAAAAGAGCGAGAGAUGCAGAAACACGUUGUGAAGGUUUCUCUAAAAAGAUCUGGUGUGGGUUUCCUGGCCUCCUUGGUUCCAUGUGUUCGUUCUGUUGUUAAAUCCAUUUAUGAUGUUGCAUCUACCCCUGGGAAUACUCGUAAAUCCCAUGAACUCAAUACCGAACUAUCUCGUCUCAGAUCUGAAAAGAGCUUACUGGCCAACAGAGAUUACAAAUUGCAAGACAAACUGACGGAUCUUAAGCUGAAGUUGACCAGCUGUAAAAUGCAGAUGGGUGAAUAUGUCGACAUGAAGGAUGUCCAGGACAAUUUUUCUCAGAUCCGUAAAAUUCUGGUUCAGCUUAAAGACUUUUGGGUGAAAAUGGGAGUUCAGUUGCAGUAUCUUAAAGACAAGACCUUUGUUGAUGAGUCCUUUGUUGAUGAGUUUUAUGAUGAUGACAUGAAGGAUGAGUUUCUGCAUUCUAUUGAAAUAGCUGGAGAGUACUGGAAGGAAUUUGGUGAAGGCUGUAAGAAAGCAGAGUGCAUCUUCAGCGUUCAAUCUAAGAAUGCAUAUUUAUUCCUGGAGACUAAUCCUUCAGCACUAUCAGAAGAUGAAUGGGAUGAGCAGUAUCACUUAGUAAUUGAGAAGCUAAAGGAGUUGAGCAAUCAGGCUUCGUCCACAGCCGCCAUCCCUGCACUACCACAGGAGCAGCCACCUGAAUUUAAUUGUUGGGUUGUUCCACCCCAGGAACCCCUACAAAUUUACCAACCUCCAGCAACCUAUCAAACCCAAAUGUUUUACCAACCCCAAGUGAUUUACCCAUCCCAAGUGACUUACCCGCCCCAAGUGACUUACCAACACCAGGUGACUUAUCAACCUCAAGUGACUUACCCGCCCCAAGUGACUUACCAACCCCAAGUGACUUACCAAUCCCAAGUGAUGUACCCACCCCAAGUGACUUACCAAUCCCAAGUGAUUUACCAACCAUAAGUAACUAACCAAUCCCUGGUGAUUUAGCAACCCCAAGUGAUUUACCAACCCCAAGUGACUUACCAACCCAAAGUGACUUACCAAUCCCUGGUAAUUUACCAACCAUAACUGAUUAACCAAUCCCUGGUGAUUUAGCAACCCCAAGUGACUUACCAACCCAAAGUGAUUUACCAAUCCCUGGUGAUUUACCAACCAAGUGAUUUACCAAC